AGGAGAGGCACUGGCACCGUACCCGUAGACUUCUACGAUCCUACAUUUUGUGUCACCAUGCGGCCGUGGUACCCGUAUAUGUAGGACUCAUUCUACUUUCACUUUUUCUUUUCGCGACCCUGAAGUUCUCUACAUCCACCUCACGUCACUAUCAUUUCAAAUGUUUAACAAGGCCACAAGCAGACGGUCAUAUGGAAACCCACGAGCCUGUACCUGCUGCUUCACCCCCCAUGUCCAGACUACCUACAGUUGAUGAAAGAUCAUGCCUUUGGAAGCAGCUAUCGGCAGAGCCUUUGGCCUUCGUCGCCGAUGAUUUUCUGACACCUUUGGAGUGUGACCACGUAAUCAACCAGGAAGCGCGGUUUGACUGUAAAAGCCUCGCGGGGAACACUGCGAAGCUGCGAACCGACCUUUCCACAGAGGACCCGACGGGAUUGUUGAACCGGCUGGACCAGUGCCUCGCUAGAUUGUUAUUCGAGGAAACGAAGUCCUCGGUACAAGAAGAUGACGCGGGAACAAGCGGAAACCGCAGCGCUCUGGCGCUGUUGCGCGAAGCGUUUCCGCAACAUGACGUCUGGCAGUGCCACGUGACACCCGCAAGUUCAGGAAGUCCUGCCAGAAGUUCAACGGUUGAAGACGAUGCUCACAAGAUGAGUUUGGGCUUGCACAUCGAUCUGAAUAAUCGCUUCUACCGUUAUGUUACAGUUCUCGUGUACCUAUCGGACGAUUUCGUGGGCGGCGAAACCGUGUUUCCGGGUGCGCUGCCUCUCACUAGCGCCGUCAACAAAAGUAGGACAGCGUCGCCGACGAGCCGGAGUGUCGUGGACAAGAACUGCAAGAGCUCAAAUCCAAAGGGAGAUCCUCUUCAUCUGAAGCACCGGUUGCCAUCUUUGACUAGGAGCCAGAGCGACCUGAUCCGGCGAACACAGGGCCACGUGACGACACGAACGCGAACGCUGUUGUCAACUUCGCCUACUCUCGACUCCUCGUUGCGGUUGUUGACUGAGCGAAAUGCGUGCCACACGGGAAAUGCCAGUCGCGGCGAUUGCCCGGACCUGAGGGCCGCAGCCUUCGACGUUGAAAGCGAGGCCGUGCGUUUGCUGAAAGAAACAAGGGCGAUGUCUCCAUCUCGCUCGGAGCACGGCUCUGAUGAGAAGGACGCUGGUGUCGUGUCCACAGGAGCACGUAGAGCGUCACCGGAUCUACUAUUCCGCACGAGAAAUUCGGGCGGUUUCGCUGUCGAGCCAAAGAAAGGUCGGUGCUUGAUCUUUUUUUCGAGGCUGGCGUCUUCGUCUCGAAGCACACAAAACGACGGGUGCCGUGCGAACGCAACGAAUGACAUCCCAGAUCCCGAUCACCGAAGCUGGCACGGUGGUGCUGACGUGUUUGCGCGAGAGACGGGAGGUUUGCCUCUGAGUGGCGUGGCGUGUGCAGAAGAUGAACAAGUGAACCGGUCAAUAUCCAGAGCCAGAAGCAGUUCCCCACUAGCUCGGCAGUCUGGGCCUGUAAUAUCUCCGGGUGCGAAAUGGACGCUUCAAAAAUUUGUCGAGUUUCCGUAUCAAGUGAUAGCGAAAAGCGCAGCGCUUGACGUAAGUUUUACCGAUUACGUUGCCAGUCGUCGUCACGCCAUCACCAAAGGGAUCGGAAAGCAACGUGCUAGGAUGACCCU